ACAACCAUGAGAGGUGCAGCUAACCUUAGGUCUAUUUCUUUCAGACCACUCGAUCAUUGUCGACGGGAUCCAUAGUCCAUAUUUGAACGUGCAUGGGCUUCACAUUCUUUGAUCUCAAACCAUUAAUACAGAAGGUAGUAUUAGGCAUAAUAUCGGAAAGUCACUGUUUUUAUAUAUUGUCCAACUGAGCAGGAGCGAUUGGGGGUUUCAACAACUGGCGAGAGAAGUGUUGCCUUAAAAAAAAAUGUCUACAGCUAAAGAGCCUGUCAAGGGAUGGGACGGGAAGCCGUCAUUCCUCCUCGCCGAAGCUCCGGCGCAUGUUGCCAAAAAUUGCUACGAGUAUGACAACACCGUCAUGAGCUUCUUCUUCACCAAAAAGUGCCUGGGGCAGCUCAAGACUUUCAAGCUACGCUCAGAUGACUUGUUCAUCAUCACUUAUCCUAAGACAGGAACAACAUGGGCUCAGCAGAUCAUGAUGCUUGUUCAGGUUGAGGCCGACCUGUCUUUCUUCGAGGGGAAACACAUCUCUAAAAUGGUUCCAUUCUUAGAAGUUCCUGAUGUUCCAGAUGCAGGGGCGUUUAAGACGGUGGAAGAAAUAAACGAGGCACCAACGUGCGUUGAAACUGCAGACGCAAUGCCAACCGAUACAAGUCGGAUACUAAAAACACACGUGGUUCAAAAAUGGCUCCCUGACGGACUCCAAAAUAACCCCCAGGCGAAGGUUGUGUACGUGGCCAGAAACCCAAAGGACACGGCUGUCUCUUACUUUCACUUCUGUGAACUAAUCAAAGAGCUACCAAACUACGUGUCGUGGGACGAGUUCUUCGAAGAGUUCCUCGCUGGAAGGGUUCCUUAUGGGCCUUAUUUAGAUCACAUCCUCCCGUGGUGGAAGCUUAGAGACCACCCUAAUGUUCUCUUCCUCACCUAUGAAGAUAUGAAAAAGGACUCUCGGAAAGCGAUAGUUCAGAUCGCCGAGUUCAUGGGGAAAUCUUUACCAGACGACAUCAUUGACCGUAUCGUCGAAGCUUCAAGUUUCAAGUUCAUGAAGAGUAACAAGACAACCAACCCCGACGUUGCUUAUGAAGAAGAAAUGGACACGUCAAACAAGAAGUCAUUCAUGCGUAAAGGUAUGGUCGGAGAUUGGAAGAACUACUUCACCGAGGAUCAAAAUCGUCGGAUUGAUCAACUCAUUCAAGAAAAAAUGGGCGGAUCUGGUUUUGAAUUCAGAUUUGAAUAACCAUAAUCAGAGCCACAGCUAUGUCUUUCAAGAAAUCAUAUAUAUUUUUUUUCUAUUUUUUCAUUUUCGUUUAGCUACAUCAUUCAGAAUUAAUUUCUUUUAACUGUUAU